CAGUGGUGCGAUUGUCUAAGGCAAUCGUAUUCAUUUGACAGUUCAUAACGUACGUUAUGAUGUGUCAAACGGCUAAUUCUAAUUGUGUAAGGAGUUCAUAAAACGAUAACGAUUUGAUAACGAUUUGAUCGUAAUUUUAUACGAUGAGUGAAUGAUGAAUAUGAUUUUGACAGAAAAUUCGAAUUGUCUAAGUUUCAUGAGCCCAUUGCUAAUGUCAAAUGAUUGCGGUGACUCGUAACUCAUGACAAUCGUCUAAAUUGGUUUAAAUUCUCAUGGAAGUGUUGAAGAUAACUCUCUCUCUGUGAAUUUUAUUCUCGUCCUCGUACGAAAAUUUUGAUAGUUUCUUUGAAAGAUAAAGUGUGUUAAGCUUGUUUUUUAGACCUACAAUGGCGCACGCCUAUAUGAUGGGCAUGAUAGAACGCGAGCGUCGCAUGAGACGCUCUCAGAUGAGGAGAAAAGCGCUGCGGAGAGCAUCGAUGCCCUGGGACAUGCCGGAUGUCGAGUUCAUCAGCAAUUACAGGCUGUCGUUGCCAUUAUUCCAACAGCUUGUUGAUGAACUCGCGCCGUUCAUGCCCCAAAGGCGUAGAUCAACAGGGAUCUCUGCAGAGCUUAAAAUCAUGGCUGCCUUAGACUUUUACGCCGGGGGCAGCUACCAGAGGCGGGUUGGGAAAGACUUUAAUUUAGGGCUCUGCCAGACUGCUGUCCACAAGUGUGUGGCUGAAGUCACAGAAGCCCUAAAUAAACCAGAAAUUCUCCAACGGCACAUCGCCUUCCCUGGUAACCGUGAGGAGAGAAUGGCGGUUAUGAGAGGAUUCAUGGAUGUCUUUGGCUUCCCUGGUGUUGUGGGCUGUAUUGAUGGCACACACAUUGCCAUCAUACGGCCCCAUGAUUUUGAGGAGGCUUUCUUCAAUAGGAAGCAUUACCACUCACUAAAUGCUAUGAUUAUAUGUGAUGCAGAACUUAAUGUUCUUCAUGUGGAUGCCUCUUAUGGAGGUGCCAGCCAUGACUCGCAUGUGUGGAAUAGGAGCGCUUUGGAGGCUCACAUGCGAAGUCUGGCUGAAGCCGGUGAAGUGUGCUGGCUAUUAGGGGAUUCUGGAUACGCCCAGCGGGAGUGGCUGAUGACACCCAUUCUACAAGCAGCUCCGGAUUCCCCAGAAGCACAUUACACGGAUCUGCACUGUAGUACCCGCAAUACUGUGGAGCGGUGCAUUGGUGUACUGAAGGCUAGGUGGCGCUGUCUUCUAGCGCACCGAACCCUCCACUACGAUCCAGUGAAAGCUGGGAAAAUUGUCAAUGCGUGUAUUGUAUUGCACAACAUGUGCAAUCGUGCACGCAUUGAAGUUCCCACACUGGACGGGUAUGACAUAAGAAGGGACGGCAGAAGACAACCAGCGCAGCCAGUCCAUGUUGGUGAUGGGGUCACUUCACGACGAGGGUUGGUGGAAAGGUUGUGGAGGGACCGGCAGAACCACAGAUAAGCUUUGCUUUGCUCUCUAGAGUUUUCUUGCCUUGUCUCCUAAAUUAGCACGGCACUAAAGAAAUAUAUUUAAAACUGCCACGCGGUCUUAUGCUAGAUGGGAGUCUUAAGGCCACCUUCUAUCAACAGGAACGCGUGGUAAGUAACUUGCAUCUGAAUGUAUUGUAACUUCCUACUUUUUUAUAUUAUUAAACCGUGGUGA